AUGAGUGAACACACUUAAGAAUUUCAAGGAAAAUGUUAAGAAAUUAUCGAAAACUUAUCUAUUUUUAAAUUUCAUUUAGAUGGUUGUAUUGAUGAAUUGAUUAAAAACUUACAAGAAAAAUUCUAAUAAGAACCAAAUAACAUAGGUCAAUUCACUUAUGAUUAAUUCUAAUCUUAUCUAUCAGGGCUCCUAGAUUUUGAUAAAGAUAAAAAUAUGAUAGAUAAUGAUGUGAUUGAAUUUCUAAAAUUAACCACAAAUAAUAUUAAUGAUGCUGUUGAGAAGCUUGAAGUAAAAGCAAGCUUGCAUUACUAAGCUCCUCCUGAAAUGCAAUAAAAAGUGAGAGAUCUAUAAAACUAGGGGACUUAAUUAUUCUAAAAUAACAAUAUCAUGGGGGCUUAAGAUAUUAUGAAUUAAACCUUAAUAUUAGAUCCUAACAACAAAGUUUCUUUAGUAAUGAAGGGUAAAUUACUACUUUCUUAAACUAAAAAUUGUGAAGCUUAAGCUACUUUUGAGAGAUUGCUGAAAAUUGAUCCUAAUAACAUAGAUGCAAUUAAUGGUUUAGGGGAUUGCUUAAGAGAAAGAUCUAAACAUGAGGAUGCACUAAAACAGUUCGAAAAAAUACUUUAACUGGAUUAAAACAAUAAACAAGCCUUGCUCGGAAAAGCUUCUUGUUUAGGAAAAUAGAGAAAAUUUCCAGAAGCUAAAUUAAUAUAUGAAAGAAUAUUAGAUUAAGAUAAAAAGGAAAUUGAAGCAAUUUGGGGUUUGGCUGAUCUCUUAAGAAUUUAAGGGAAAGAUGAAGAAGCAAUAAAGUAAUAUAAUAAAGUAUUAUAAUUAAAUUAAAAUCAUUUGAAUUCAAUAAGUGGUUUGGGUGAAUGUUAUAGACUACUUGGAAAACAUGAUGAGGCAAUGAAAUAUUUGAAAAAAGCAUUGCAAAUAAAUUCCAGACAUGUAUUAACUUUAGCUAGAAUGGGGGAUUGCCUAAGACAACAAAAGAAAUUUUUAGAGGCUAUAAAUUAUUAUAGCGAAGCCUUAGCCAUAGAUCCUCAAGAUGAGUGGUCUCAGUCCAAAUUGAGUGAAUGUAGAAUAAAUAGUCAAAGAAUAAUGUGA